GCUAAGAAAGUUGAAAACAGAAGAUGCGAGAAGUUGCGUCAACUUGAUGGACUGGAAGAACUGGAGUUACUGAGAGUGCUAAACAUAAGAGGGUGCAAAGCAAUCGAGGGUCUACAAGAUCUGUCAAGGGCGCCGUGGCUAAGAGGAGUUGACUUUGAUUUUAACUUUAACUUUACACAACAAAAACACACGUUUCCCAAGUCAAAUUUAUAACUAUAUCUCAUUUGUCCUUUUUCACAAUCAAAAUCAAAAUAAAAAUCAAAGUAACUUUAACUCUGAAUCCAAACGGUCCUGUACCAGAUUUUGUUCGGAAACUUGUCCGAGACUUUUGGCGAUGCCAUCCGUUCCUUCCAUUUCUUUACUUCCAUUUCUUUUUCUUUUUUUUUUCCUCGAAAAAUUCUUCGUGAACUGAACACAAAGGAGGAAAGAAAAUGUCAUUCGUGUUUUGGUCCUCUAGAAAUCCUUUAUCGCUGAAUGGUGCUUGUAAAAUUUUUUAUUCUAGGCCCUAUAUUUUGGGUUAUUACAGGAAACGGCCUGUUAUCUCCUCAAGUCCGAGGAAAGUGUGCUCCACAUAUUACUCGUAGUUGAAGCUAUUAGAGGAUUAUUUGGGCAGGAUUAGGCUUUGUUUGGUUUUGAAAUUUAAUUUUUUUAUUCCACUUAUCUUCAAUUCAACAAUAUAAUUAUUAUUAUUUUUACUUUACUACCAUUCAAUUUAAUUUUUAAUACUAAAUUCUCUUAACUAUUCAUUAUUUUUCCCACUUUUUCUCAUAAUUCAACAAUACAAUCAUUAUUUUUUUUUUAUUUUCUCCCUCCACUUUAUCAGUACAAUCCAAUUUUAUAUAUAUAGUUGAAAUGAAGUUGAGUUUAACCAAACUCCAUUUCCAAACAAUCCCUUAGUCUCUCAAGGUUCAGCAUACUUUCAGGGACUAGAUGGCUCAUUUGGCGACUCACUGUCCUCUCAGAAGAAAUGCCCUCCUCCACUAUCCCCAAACUCGAAGCAGAAUCCUCAGAAUCGCCACGACCUCUUUCGGCUUCUUCUUCUUCGUCGUCGUCGUCGUCGUCGUCAUCGGUGAAUGCUGCUCUCGAGGAAGACCUGAAAAAAGUUGUUCAAAAGACUGCUUCAACCUUUGCUCCAAGGGCUUCCACAGCCACGAAGAACCCUGCUGUGCCGGGGACUGCUCUGUAUACUGUGUUUGAGGUUCAAGGCUAUGCCUCGAUGCUGCUUGGUGGAGCUUUAUCUUUCAAUCGUCUGUUCCCAUCGAACGAACCAGACAUCUGGAGACUGAUGGGAAUUAUUUGGAUGUUCAAUGGGGUGGCUUCAAAGAACAGAGUAGGAGCUGAAAAUAUCUUCGUAUGGAUGCUGUCAGCGUCUCGUACAAAUAUUACAUUACAGAUCCAGAAGUACAUAUACUAGCGAAAAAAAGAAGAAGAUGCGCUCAUAGUGUUGGCAUAUCCUCAGCAAUCGUGGCGGGUGCAUUCAUUGGUUUGAGACUAAUACUUGAAGUAGAUUUUUUAAUUUGAAAUUCAAAGUCUUCAAAGGAAAUCUAAUAACAUCCCUCAAGGUCCUUUAUAAAA